CAGGUUUUGAAGAGUCAAGCAUUUCGUUGUUCUGCAGAGAGCUACAGAGUACUUGUGACGUGACUGACUUCAUAGAAGGUGUGCAGUAGUACUGGUUGAUUUCAGGAACAAUGGCAGUCUGGCCUCUUUGUCUGUCUUUCUUUCUGCUCUUUGCUCUGGAUGCUUCAGAGACAACACCUCUUAAUGGCACAAGCAAUGAGGCAGCACCUCUUAAUGGCACAAGCAAUGGGACCUUGACCCUGCUCGGAUCCGAAACCUGUGAAAGAGGAUGGUCUGCAUAUAAUGGUAGAUGCUUCCGCUAUUUUAACUUGCUGUAUUCCUGGGUUGAAGCAGAGAAACAGUGUUUGGGCUAUGAUGGGAACCUGGCCUCUGUGCACAGGAAUGAGGAGUACACCUUCAUACAGGACCUGAUUAAAUCUCACACUCAAGCUUCAACUGAGGCCUGGUUAGGAGGCUAUGACGCUGUUUCAGAGGGAACAUGGCUCUGGAGUGAUGGAUCAAAUAUGAAUAUACAGAUAUGGGCUCCUAACCAACCUGACAAUUACAACGGAAACGAGAACUGUCUUGUGAUGAACUAUCAACCCUCGAACAACUGGAAUGACAACCCCUGUUAUGAUAAAAAGCCUUUUGUGUGUGUGAAGAAAUAAACACCAGCAUUUCAGUUUCAUGUUAAAUUCUGAAUGUCUUGCAUUAAAGGAAUAGUUGACCAAAAAAAUACAAUAUUUAAAACAUCGCUUACCCUCAGUCAAUCUAAGAUAAAGAUUAGUUCUUCAUCAGAACGGAUCUGAAGAAAUAUAACUCUACAUCAUUUGCUUAUUGAUGGAGAUCAUCUGCAGUGAAUGGGUGCCAUCAGAAUGAGAGCUCAAACAGCUGAUAAUGAAGACAUCACAAUAAUCCACACGACUCCAGUCCAUCAUUUAAUGUCUUGUGAAGUGAAAGGCUGGAAGUUUGUAAUCAAUUUUUCAUUCUUUGGUCAACUGCUCCUUUAACUAAUUCUCUCUGAUUUCUUUACUAAUGUGCAAGUAGAACUCAAUAAAUAUCAAGCAGUGCAUUUAA